UAUAUACUGUACGGGACCCUACAUCGCAAAAAGCCUUUUCUUGGUCUUUUUGAUUAUUAUUUAUCUUGUACACCAAACUUUGUCUUCGAAAUUUUAUUUUGAUAGUUUACCAAGUGCGGUUCGAAAUGUUUUGAUUCGAUCCAAAUAAGUAGCAACAUUUUUUUCUCACUUUCGUUAUUCGAAUAUUAUACCGCGGAGGUGAAAGGAAGUGCAGCCGAGCUGCUUCUUCGUAUUGCUCCACGAGAAGUCAGAAGGAGUUUUUACGGGAUCUUCCGGAGUUUCUCGUGACUAAGCAUCAUGCACAGUUUGUUAUCCCGACUAAACGCGAUUGUUGCGUUCUCCUUCACCGUUCUUGCAGGCCUGACAUUCCUUUGCUUUUUAACAACAUUCGCCAAGAAUUACGCGACGGAUGUGCGAGUGCGGGACUUGACGGGCCGCGUGAACAUCGCAUACGUCAAUGGGCUGGGUGAAGUGGAGGAAGCCAUCAUCACCGGCGACAUUGAGGUGGACUUGAGCCAUUUGUUUGAUUGGAACGCCAAACAGCUCUUUGUCUACCUGAUUGCCGAGUACAGCACUCCGGCUAAGCCGGCUUCGCAGAACCAGGUUGUGCUGUGGGACAGGAUAAUCAAGCGCGGAGAGAAUGCCAAAAUCAGCCAGCGGAAAUUCUCGCAGGAGUACCGCUUUCUUGACGAUCAGAAAGCGCUAAAAGCAAAUUCCAAUGUGACGCUGUUUCUCCAGUGGAACGUCAUACCCAAUGCUGGCGCGCUGACCAAUGUGCGCGGCAUCGGCAGUCAGAGUGUAGGAAUGCCAGACUCUUAUACUCCGCUGCGUUCUAGUAAAAGAGCAUAAAUUUAUUUUUUGAUAGUUUUUUCUGAUUUUCCUGCGUUUUUGACAUUUUUGCCGUAUUUUCUAUGACUCGGUAUUAUCCUGGAAAAUGAUACCAACGAAAGAACUAAGAUGAGUGAGAUCUGUGUUACUUGCGAAAUGUUUCCAUUAUGAAAUAAACUGAAGAAA